GAUCAAUGUCAGUUAACCAUAAGUGGUGUACUUCGAAUGGUAGAGAUGAUUAGGUACGCCAUACUACUGGUUAUUUUGGCAACCACAGCCACAGCCAUUGACAAAACAGUCUUCAAAAGCUGUUCCGAACGACCAUUUUGCAAAUUGGUAAGUGACACUUUGGAUGGCACAGAUGGUAGCCUAUUAGUAACUCCUCAAGACGAUACUAUUCCUUAUCAAGUGAUUAUUGAUGCUGGACCACCACUAACUAUAACUUUCUACUACCAAGGAUUGAAACAAGUUGUCUUAGAUGGUGAAAGAUUAGUCUAUGAAAGCACCGAUGACAGUAAAGCAUUUACUUUCAAAGCAGACUUCCCUGAAGCUGAUAGACUAUACGGGCUACUGGACCACGCUUGGAAUUUGGCUUUGGGAGACACCAACAAUGGUACUGCUGAAUCUGGAGAUCCCCUUCGUCUUAGAAAUUCUGAUUCUUGGGGAUACGAAGCCAAUUCACCAAUGGCCCUGUAUGGAGCCAGACCAGUGGUGUAUGGUCAUUCUGAAAACAAAACAUCUGGUAUCUUCCUACACAACGCAGCCGAACAAUGGAUAGACGCUUCUUCUGGCUCAGAUGGCAAAGACCCAUCAGUUUAUUUCAUUGUAGAGAGAGCAGCAUUUGAUUUAUUUGUCCUUCUAGGACCUUCCCCUAAAGAAAUUGUUAGGCAGUUCACAGGACUAACUGGCAAAGCACAUUUACCUCAGAUCUGGGCACUUGGUUACCACCAGUGCAGAUUUUCCUACAAAUCCCAAGACGACGUAAAAGACGUAGUAGCUCGUUUGGACGAAAAUGAUUUCCCUGGGACGCCAUCUGCUGAUUGUUGGCCUGGAGCAUCUAGCUGGAUCGACUAUUUGAACCCUGAAGCCGCUGAUUAUUACUCAACAUGGUUUUCUUUUGAAAAAUUCAACGGUAGUACUCCAACGUUGGCUGGAAUCUGGAAUGACAUGAAUGAACCUGCUGUAUUUGAUGAUAGUACCGAAAAGACUAUGCCAUGGGAAGUACAGCAUUAUGGAGGUGUCGAACACGGAGAUAUUCAUAAUAUCUACGGUCUUCUUCAUGUCAAAUCUACCCACAAAGGUCUAUUGGACAGGGACCAAAAUCAAAAGCGUCCUUUCGUUCUAACCAGAUCCAACUUCGCAGGAUCCCAAAGAUACGCUGCUAUGUGGACCGGUGAUAACAGCGCCACAUGGGAACAUUUUGCCAACUCAAUUUCCGAAUGCAUGAACGCCAAUAUGCUGGGAAUGGUAUUCUGUGGAGCUGAUAUCGGAGGUUUUAUUGGUGAUCCAUCCGAUGAACUUUUACAAAGAUGGUAUCAGGGAGCAGUUUGGACUCCUUUCUUUAGAGGACACUCCAGCAGAGAGAGCAAACGACGUGAGCCAUAUCUAUUUUCCAAAGAAGUUCAAGAUGUUAUCAGAAAUGCUUUAAGACUACGUUAUCGACAUAUUCCAACAAUCUACACUCUUUUCUUCGAACACACAGUUACAGGAGAUCCUAUCAUCACCCCACUAUACUAUCACUAUCCAGGACUUAAUGACAGAGAUACUCAAACAAUGAUUGGUACUGAUAUAAUGUCAGUUGCUGUCACCAAACCUGGUGUAAAAUCCGUUGAAGUCUACUUCCCUGGUAGCUACUCUGACACUGAUCCCUUUGACAAAAACACCGACUUCUGGUAUAGAGUUGAUAAAUACCAAUUCUCCCAAUUUAGAGCUGGGCUAGUUGAACAGGUCGAAGUUGACAUCGAUAGCUCGCCAGUAUUCUACAGAGCUGGAAGCAUCAUCUUCAACCUUGACACCCCCCGAAAAUCAAUAGUUGAGGCCAAGGAUGACUUCUACUCGAUAUACGUCAACGUUGAUAGAAGGAAUUCAGCUAAGGGUCGUCUAUUCAAAGACGAUUUGUACAGCUUCAACUACGAAAAGAAGACCUACUAUUAUAGUGAAGCCGAAUGGGUUCCAGAAUCUGAAAAGAUGCUGAUAAAGUACGCCAUACUACUAGCUAUUUUGGCAUCCACAGCCACAGCCGCUGACAACCCUGUCUUCAAAAAAUGUUCAGAACGACCAUUUUGCAAACGUCUCCGUAACUAUGUCGUUGAUGAUAAAUCCAAAUACUCAGCCGAUGUUCAUUCUUCAUCUAUCAAGGACAACAUAUUGACGGUACCUUUAAAGAACGAAAAUGGCGACAACUUAAAUCUGCUGCUCUCCAUGUUCGAAGGCAACAAAAUAAGGGUUAAAGUUGAGGACCCAAAUAGCAAAAGAUUUGAACUUGGAGAUAUCGUCAUCAUUGAAGAACUGAAAGAGUUACCUAAAAAUAAAACUUCUGGAAUAUUCCUGCACAACGCAGCUGAACAAUGGAUAGACACUUCUUCUGGAUCAGACGACAAAGACCCAUCAGUUUAUUUCAUCGUGGAGAGAGCAGCAUUUGACCUAUUUAUCCUUCUAGGACCUACCCCCAAAGAAAUCGUUAGGCAGUUCACGGGACUAACAGGCAAAGCCCAUUUACCUCAGAUUUGGGCACUAGGGUACCACCAGUGCAGGUUUUCCUACAGAUCUCAAGAUGACGUAAAAGACGUAGUAGCUCGCAUGGACGAAAACGAUAUCCCCUUUGACGCUAUUUGGUUAGACGGUGACCACACAGAUGGCUACAAAUGGUUUCACUGGAACCACACCACAUUCCCCGAUCCCGUUGAGCUACAACAAAAUAUUUCUGCUACUGGUAGAGUCUGCGUCUCAAUUUCAGAUCCCCACAUCAAAGUCGACGAUGAUUAUGACGUUUAUGCAGGAGCUAAGGGCAAAUAUUUCACCAAAUGGGCAAACGGAAAUGAAUACGUUGAUUAUUCUUGGCCUGGAGCAUCCAGCUGGAUCGACUAUUUGAACCCUGAGGCCGCUGAUUAUUACUCAACAUGGUUUUCUUUUGAAAAGUUCAAUGGUAGUACUCCAACUCUGGCUGGAAUAUGGAACGACAUGAAUGAACCUUCAGUAUUUAAUGAUAGUUCCGAAAUGACCAUGCCAUGGGAGGUACAGCAUUAUGGAGGAGUUGAACAUGGAGAUAUUCAUAAUAUCUAUGGUCUUCUUCAUGUAAGUCAAAUCUACCAUAAAGGUCUAAUGGACAGGGACAAAAAUGAAAAGCGUCCUUUCGUUUUAACCAGGUCCAACUUCGCGGGAUCCCAAAGAUAUGCCGCCAUGUGGACCGGUGAUAAUAAUUCCACCUGGGAACACUUUGCCAACUCCAUUUCGGAAUGCAUGAACGCCAAUGUGCUGGGAAUGGUAUUCUGUGGAGCUGAUAUCGGAGGUUUUAUUGGUGAUCCAUCUGAUGAACUUUUACAAAGAUGGUAUCAGGGAGCAGUGUGGACUCCUUUCUUCAGAGGGCACUCCGACACAAUGAGCAAAAGACGGGAACCGUAUUUAUUUCCCAAAGAAGUUCAAGAUGUAAUCAGAAAUGCUUUAAGACUACGUUAUCGACAUAUUCCAACUAUCUACACCCUCUUCUACGAACACACAGUUACAGGAGAUCCUAUUAUCAGUCCACUUUACUAUCAAUACCCAGGAAUUAAUGACAGAGAUACUCAAACAAUGAUUGGCGAACUAGAAAUCAAGAAAUCAGUGUUUACGAAAACUGCACGUGGGACACCUCUUCAUAAAAUUGAUAUCGCCAAAGCAUUACGAGAGGGCAAUGGAAUUUUAGAACUUAGUUUUUAAUACAAUAAAGUACACUGUCAAUAUUAUGA